GUCAGCAGUCAGCAGCGCAGUGGCGGGAACCGCAGCCCGGCGGCCCUGGAAGCUCCCAGUUUCAAGAAGAGUACCGGUCUUUGUUUCUGAGAGAGAAGCUGAGAGAAGAGCACCAACAAUGGAUGCUUCUGUGAUAAAUGCUCCCCAGGGUCCGAUAUCAUUCAGGGAUGUGGCUGUGGACCUUUCACAGGAAGAAUGGGAAUGUCUGGACUGUGCUCAGAGGGCUUUGUACUUGGAUGUGAUGCUGGAGAAUUACAGCAAUCUAGUCUUUGUGGAGAACCAUUGCAUAUAUGGUAAAUAUGAGAAGAUAUUGGAUCAAGGCACAAAGCAUAUGACCCAUAAGCAUGUGAAUAUCCAAGAGAAGCAUUUUGAGUUUGAUGAGCUUGGCAAAGUUAUUCAUGAAUCUGCUGAAAGUACACUGUAUGGCAGAAAUGGCAUUGCAGAAACCUGCAAGAAGGACAUAUUUGCUUACCACAGAGAAGCUAUUGUAGAAUCAUUAAAUAUAAUCAGACAUCCAAGUAGGGACACUGGAGAAGAACCUUACAUAGACAAAGAAAGUAUAAAGUCUUUUGAUUUCUGUUCCAUCAUUAGUCAACCUCAAAGAAUCCAUACAACAAAGAAUGAAUACAAUAAUACAGAGUAUGAUAAAUCUUUUGACUCUAAACAUAAAUUCAUGCUGAAUGGAAUUAAUAGUAGAAGGAAUCCACACCAAUGCAGAAAAUGUGGAAAAUGCUUCAAGUUGUACUCAAGCCUCAGUAGACAUCAGAACGCUCAUAAUACAGAGAAACCCUAUAAAUGUACAAAAUGUGGUAAAUCCUUUCUGCAUUUGUCUCAACUCAAAGUACAUUGCAAAAUCCACUGUGGGGGAAAACUCUACAAAUGUACAAAUUGUGGUAAGUGCUUUUCUCAUGCAUCACACUUGGAAAGACAUUACAGCUUCCACACUGGAGAGAACACUUACAAACCUAGUGAUUGUGGCAAAUCCUUUGUCUGCUGCUCAGGUCUUACAAAACAUCAGAAAACUCAUGGAGGGGAGAAACUUUCUGAAUUUAAACAAUGUACUAGGACAUUCUAUACAUGGUCACACCUUAAAAACCAUUGUAGAACCUAUACAGGAGAGAAACUUUACAUAUGUAAUGAAUGUGGCAAAUCCCUUUAUACCUUUUCAGGUCUUAAAAGGCAUCAGAGAAUUCACACAGGUGACAAACAUUACAAAUGUAAUGAAUUUGAGAAACGCUUUACUGAGAAAGGAAGUCUUAGAACUCAUCAGGCAAUACAUACAGGAGACAAACCUUACAAAUGUAGUGAAUGUAACAAAUCUUUUACCAAGAAAGGCAGUCUUAGAAUUCAUCAGAGAAUACAUACAGGAGAGAAACCUUACAAAUGUAGUGAAUGUGAAAAUCUCUUUAUUUGUGUCUCUCACCUUAGAAAUCAUAGGAGAAUACAUAUAGGAGAGAAACCUUAUAAAUCUAGUGAAUGUGACAAAUACCUUACCCAUAGUUCAGAUCUUACAAGACACCAGAAAAUUCAUACAGGCGAGAAACCUUACAAGUGUAGUGAAUGUGACAAAUCCUUUACAAGGGAAUUCUAUCUUAGAACUCAUCAGAGAAUACACACAGGAGAGAAACCUUACAAAUGCAGUGAAUGUGACAAAUACUUUACCCAUGGCUCCGAUCUUAGAAAACAUCAGAAAAUUCAUACAGGAGAGAAACUUUACAAAUGUAGUGAGUGUGAGAAUCUCUUUAUCUGUGUCUCUCAUCUUAGAAGUCAUCAGAGAAUACAUACAGGAGAGAGACCUUACAAAUGUAUUCAAUGUGAAAAAUCCUUUACCCAUAGUUCAGACCUUAGAAGACACCAGAAAAGUCAUACAGGCGAGAAACCUUACAAGUGUAGUGAAUGUGACAAAUCCUUUACAAGGAAAUUCUAUCUUAGAACUCAUCAGAGAAUUCACACAGGAGAGAAACCUUACAAAUGCAGUGAAUGUGAUAAAUACUUUACCCAUGGCUCAGAUCUUAGAAGACAUCAGAAAAUUCAUACAGGAGAUAAACCUUACAAGUGUAGUGAGUGUGACAAAUCCUUUACCCAGAAAUGUAGUCUUACAACACACCAGAGAAUUCAUACAGGAGAGAGACCUUACAAGUGUAGUGAAUGUGACAAGUCCUUUAUAAGUAAAUUUUACCUUGGAACUCAUCAGAGAAUCCACACAGGAGAGAAACCUUACAAGUGUAGUGAAUGCGACAAAUUCUUUACAAGAAAAUUUCAUCUUAGAACUCAUCAGAGAAUCCAUACAGGAGAGAAACCUUACAAAUGUAGUGAGUGUGACAGAUCCUUUACUAGCAGCUCUGUUCUCAACAAACAUCAGAAAAUACACACAGGAGAGAAACUUUAUAAAUGUAGUGAAUGCGACAGAUUCUUUACUGAGAAAUGCAAUCUUGAAACUCAUCAGAGAAUUCAUUCAGGGGAAAAGCCUUAUCAAUGUAGUCAGUGUAAGAAAUCAUUUAUCCAGAAAGCCAACCUAAGAACACAUCAAAGAAUUCAUAUGAAAGAAGCCUUACAAAUAUAAUGUAUGCAGAAGAAUCUUUACCAGUCUCUCAAGUCUAAGACAUCACCUGAGAAUUCAUAACUGGGGAUAAAAAUUUCCAUAGGAAAUUAUGUGUCAUGGUCUUUAUCCAAGCUCUGUACUUGCCACACUUAAAGUGUCACACUGGAGAACCAUAUUAAACAUAUAUGCUUAAUAUAUGCUUUAAUAGUGCUUAAUCUUGCAAAGAAUGGGGUUAUGUUGAGGGAAAUUCUAAUAUUAUGACAAUGUAGGGAAUUUUUAAUUAAAACGUUACUUUUUAACCUCAAAUACUUCAUGAUGAAGAAACCUGAAGAACAUGUUUCUGUGUAACAGUUUCCUAGAGAUUGAAUUGGUCGACUCUGAAGGGAAGCCGAGUAAGGCAGGACAUAGAACUUGAAGCUCAAAAAUCCCUGAAACUGACAAGUUUCAGUGUGCUUCACUCAAAUUAAUAAACUUUUAAAAAUCAUGCUGCUUUUAAGAGGAUUUGUCAAAUUGACUCACCAGGAGUGGAUGUUCUAUAACCUGUAGAUAUGCCCAUUUGUGUACUCUGGGUAUUCAAUAUUCUUUUGGUGUAUCCCAUGCUGGUUGGAGUUUAAUAAUGGCAGCCAUCUUUGUAUACCUUUUGACCUGGUAAAAUACUCAUUUCCCAUAUUCCUGUAAGGCAAAUAAAGCUGACUGGCUUAAAAAGUUA